AUGAGCAAACUCAACUACUCGAAGUGGGACAAUCUCGAGCUCUCGGAUGACUCGGACAUUGAGGUGCAUCCCAAUGUGGACAAGCGCUCAUUCAUUCAGUGGAAACAGCGCGAUAUCCACGAAAAGCGCGAACAGCGCAAAAUACAGCGCUCCAUGCUGGAGGCCGAGCAGCGGACCAACACGGAUCUUGCGCCCCGCAUGCUUGACUUGAUUACGAGGACGAGGGGCGAAGGUGCUGCAUUUUACUCACGCCAAGUGUCGCAACUCGCAGCGGUGCGUGAAGCACGUGGGAACAAAGACGGCCCUGACGGUCCCACAUUGGAUGACAUGCUCCUGAGCUUGCUGUUACAAAUCAAUGCAGAGCCCGCGGUGCAGCAAAGUAAAGGAGAUGAUACUGCAUUGGCUGCUAAGCUUACCGCAUCGCUGGAAACGGCGCUGGAGCGACUUGGACAGCGGCAGGAACAAAUUAAGAAUGAGCUCGCCGAGAUGGCCGACGAGGAUGCGCGCAAGAUCACGAGCGACAACCUGCGCGAGGGCUGGGAUGGCAGCCAUGUAUCUCGAACGGAAGAGCCGGCAUCUAUAAAAAGUUCGGAAAAAGCAAAGGAGCAGCGCAUUGAGACGUUGAAUCCCGGCGCGCGCGCAAAAACGGGCGAGUCUCGCGCGGAUUCGGAUGAGGAGGAAGAGAGUGCGCCUACGGUAACGCCGGUGAUGAAGAGUUUUGCGAGCCUACCAACUGUCUUAGAGGGCAUACCACUCACAGCAGACAGCUUGCCCCCCGCUGUGAAUCCCCUAAAGCAGCUCAAGCUGGACCGCUUUGAGAAGAUAUUCCAGUUCCUUGGCUCGCACAAAGAGCUUUUGCGUGAGGAUAUGGGCGCAUCUGAUGCACUACUUUUGCAAGCGUUUGAGUCGCAAAUGGCCGGCCAGAAGCAGCUUGCACGGAUGUGCACGGAGAAAGCGCUCUUGUUGCAGUACUGCAACAAGCUCGGCAAAGACGGCGUAGGCCUCUUUUUCAAGCGCAUGAUGGGAUCCGAUGGAAAGGCUGCAACCAUAUUUUUGAAUGAUGUGCUUGCUACGUAUACAAGGAUUGCAAACCGCGCGGCAGAGCUAGCGACGGAAUACAAGGAGGACGGCGUCGAACAGAUCCAGCUUGUCGCUGAAGAUCCCAGCACGGUAAUCACAUUUCAAAUUCCCGACGGCCCACCCCCUGAGACAAUCAAGCUCGAGGGUGAAGGUACAGAGUCUAUGGAUGUGGAGCAAGUGCGCGAGUGGCUCCAGCGCCGCUGGGACAUUUUCACCAGCUUUGACGAGGAUUUCCGUCGCGCAUUGGAGACCAAUGAUAUCAAAAAAGUGAAUAAUGUACUUGGAAAUAUGCCUGUCGACAAAGCGGAGAAAGUGGUUCAAGACCUCGACUUUGCGGGCAUCCUCGAUUUCAGUAGCACAGAGGUGCAAGACGAGACAAACCGUAGCUGA